AUGGCAGACAUCCCCGCAUGGCAAGCGCCGCCGCUAACAGUCACGGCCUCGUCGUCGCCGACUGAGACGCGCCGACAAGACACUGGAUUCGCCGACGAGAAAGACGAGGACAGAGAUGAUUCCCAGAGUCGCAUUUCGGAUCACAUUGAGACUCCGCGCCGGAACAAAGACAGGGACGACGACAGCGACGACGACAGCGAUGAAGAUGAUAGAAGGAAGAAGAACAAGAACAGGAAAGAGAAGAAGAAGAAGAAGCGGCGGACUCAAGAUAGUGACGCGGGAGAAAAUACUACCGGGAAGAGACGGAAUGCGUACCGUCGCUAUCUUCAAGACCCCGGCCUGAAAUGGCACAAGGAGUAUUCGGCCUUGGACGUGAAGUCUGGGAGAGUGCUCAUGAUUGACUAUGCAAGAAGUGGGGGAAAAACAGACAAAUCGCGCUCUCACAUGCGCAAAGUCUCCGCGCAAGAAGUCUUCAACAUCCACGCUCUCCACAAAUUCUAUAGAACCCAGCAAGGGGUCACAGCAGCAACAGAGCCACCCGCCAUGCGCGUCAUCCACGUGCAAAACGCCGACUGGGCCGUUCCAUUCCUCUUGCGCAAAUUCAACAUUGCCUCCAGGUCCUCGCACGACGAGAACGUCGGUGCUGAUUUCGGGCGUUAUUUGCAAUACAAAAAGCCGGAGAUUCGCGGCGGAAAGCCCUUUUUGGUGGGCAAGACGUGGAGAGUGCAGUAUGAUCCGUUCAGGGGCGUUAAUAAGACUUCGUUUGGGUUGGAUUAUAUGAAGGGGUUUUCUGUGAGAAGAGGGAAUAGAGCCAGAGAGGAGAGCGAGAUUGAUAGAGUGAUGCAGUUGAAUGAUUUCGAUGACAAUGAUGAGCCGAUAUACAGUCAUGAUGUGUAUGCGCAGCGACUGAGUUGCUAUAUCCAGCACAGGCAAGCCCCAUCAGAGAACAACAGCUUAUCGCGAGAUCAAUCACCGCCGAGAAGGAGGAAUUUCUACCCACCAGAUGCGUUCGGCGCUGGUGAUAACAAAGACGACGACCCCGCCAAUGGACCCUUCAAGAAUAAACAAUAUCGUGUGCGCAAUUACGACAAUGGCAACGUGAUCAUCAUCUUCGACAAUUCGUUCUCGGGAAGCUUCGAUGAUACUCUGAUCCCUGCCCGACGAGAGCUUGAGUGCAGAUGGCGUCGUCUACCUUUUCUACUGGCAUUUGAGUCCAGAGACCCCAUUGAAGACGACGAUAAUGCCGAUAAUGCCGAUGCGAAACUUGCGUUGAACUGCUCAAAGUCAAUCCUGAGUGAUAUCUUCAAGGCUCUUGCUAUGAACUGGGCGGUGUUCUUGGACCACGCUGUUACGCAUAUGAAUAUCUUGGAGGAUAAGGUUUACGAUCGCCCAGAUGACGAGUCUCGCGCGCCGGAGCUGUGGGUGAAUUCGAGUGCGUGGCUCAAAGUUGAGAAAUUGGUCAAUGUGCAUAUUAGUGUGAUGCAAGAAAUGAAGGCACGGUUGCAUGAAUUAACCGACGACGUUGAUUCCGAAGAUAACUGGCUUGAGGAUAGCCCUGGAGACUUUGAGCGUUUGACGAACAUGGUUACGGAGGAUUUGACCAAACCGACAGAGUCGCUGAUUUCGCUGCUGUAUCAGAGCGUCUCGAUCAGGGAUAGCAGGCAUAGUCUGGAAUUGGGUCUGAGCAUGUGGCGAUUGAGCUGGAUUACCUUUGUAUUCCUCCCAUUGACUUUUAUCGUCGGCUUUUUUGGAAUGAACGUUGAUACGUUCCAGAAUAACCCUAGUAUCAAAUGGUACUUUAUCGCUGCAAUCCCCUUCAUGGUGGGCGUCAUCGGUUUCUACUUCUUUAUAAAACGCGGUUCAUCCUACAGCCGGCCUUCGCCGCACGAACGCGCAGUAUACGAGUCUUUCUUCCAGCAGAUGGCAGCUACAAACCCGACGCUCUGGUCUCGCAAUGGCCCGCGAGACUAUGUCCAUGUUGACGGCAGAAUUGCACGCAUGAAAUGGAGCCUGAUUAAGCACUGGAUUCGGCGUACAAAUCUGAAUAGUAGCAACAACAACAGCAGCAACAGCAUGACAGUCGCCGCAACAUCAGCCGCAGCAGCGCUUACCAGUGAUGCCGAGGACACAAUAUCCGGAAGGGCAUUGCUGCAAGGCGAUGGCUUAGGCACACUUUCCAGAAUCCAGCGCUACCUAACACGACGGUGGACAAGACAGAUAUCCAGACGAGCAACGACGACCAUGGAAACAACAGACACGGAAAUGGGUCUGAUGAAUUUGAAUAGCGAUUUUGAGGAUUUGACCAGUAUCAGCGGUGACGAGCGUUUUAGCGGUGAUCAUACUACUACUGCCCCUCAUAAUGAUGAUAACUUUCAUUCCAUUGGUGAGGGUCUUACGGAGAUUGCUGGAAUUCUGUCGGCGCCUGCUGCGCCAACAUCAGGUCAUCCAGGGGUCUUUUCGUCUUCAUCUGCACCGUCGUCAGUGGACCAUGAUCAAGAUCAUACAAAUAUUACAACUCAUCUCACCGUUCCCGGCGCAUUAGCAAGAACGGUGUCCUCCUCCGCGGCUGAACCACAUGAUGCCAGCACUGAUACCCCCAUCUCUAAUCCCAUGUCCCACGUUAUUGUAGCAGCGGCACUCUCUCGCCAGCACCGCCAACGUCUUCGAAGUAGCAGUUCCCCAUCGUCAUCUGCAAGAAGACCGCAUAGCAGCGGCUCUUCUCCCGGUAGGACUAGCAGGACUAGUGGGAUGUUGGUCGAAGAGGAGGAUGCGGAGUGGCUGAAUGAGCGUGGGCGCAAGGGGAAGGAUUGGUUUUGGCGGAGGUCGUUGUCGUCGCGUGGUUCGUCUGGGGAGAGAGAUUAG